UUAAACCUUUCUGUCCGUUCCGCUCGCUUGACAGACACCGUUCUGCUGCUCGCCCUAAAGCGAUUCCAAAGAUCUAACAUGCAAGCGAUACAAAGACACUAGUUCACACAGAAAAGAUGGAGGACGUGGCCUCAGCCCCUGUUCUCGCAGGCCCGUCCCAGCCCGCGUUUUCCCACCCGUCGGCCUCCGAGCGUCGGAAACGCAAGUCUGGCACCGCUAACAUCUUUCAGGGAGUAAACCUGAGGCAGCUCAGACGGCUCUUCCAAGCGGCGGGGGACCCGGACCCCGAGCAGAGAGCCCGGAUGGUGUGGGGGAACCGGAGAGCAGCGGGUGGAGAGGAAGAGGACGAGGACGAGGACGGAGCGAUGGCGGAGGUGGAGACGGGUUUGGCUCAGGCGCUGGUGGGACUCCGAGUCCGAGCGCGGAACCGAAGUGGCCUCAGGGUGGAGUCUCAUAAAGACAGCACAGGAACAAGAUGGGUGCGAGCGUUCGGUCAUCUCAUAAUCAACGAGGGCUCACUGGGACAGACGUCUGAAGUCAUCACUGGAGAUGAAGAUAAUGCCAACAAUGAUGAUGACGAUGCAUCUGCUUUGGGAGCCUGUGGGGGGCAGAGCUCUUUUGAGGCUGGAUCAUGUGACCAAGCUGACUUCCUGCCCCCAGAGGAAGAGACUCAGGGGCCCUCGGGUGGCCCCAGAUGGAGCUGGAACGGUGUUCAGGAGAAGGACCCCGAGCGAUACCUGCACCGGAUCCGACACUGAGGCAGCAGAGCGGCAUCCAAUCAGAUUACUGCCUGAGAGACUCGCUGUCACCGUAGAUUUACUUGAAGCCACCGCCUCAAUCAAACACUAGACUUAAUCGAGCAACGAUCAACACUACAGCACCUGCAACGGCCAGGAAGGCACAUUAACAAUAAUCCCGCAGGAUUACACUCCUUUUAUACCUUAACACACUGUUUACGGGUUUGUGCCAUUCUUACAUCCUCAGACCUGAUUGCACAAUAACAGUCAAACACUAUUAUAGGGAUAGUUCACCCAAAAAUGACAGUUCUGUCUUAAUUUACUCACCCUCAUGUCGUUACAAAUCCAAAUGACCUGCGUUCUAAUGCAGAACACAAAAGGAGGUGCUCAUGCUGCUCUUUUCUACACUGACAAAAAAUCCACAGCAAAACUAUUAAAAAUACAACAACUUUUUUGGAGCAAAUCUUGCAAAACCUGUCUAGGUCACAUUAUACCCAAAGGCAAAAGCAGUGAGAUAACGUUUUUUCAUAAAGCAAAUGAAGACAAACAAACAAAACAUUACUUGCAAUGCAAUAAUGAUACAUUGUUCAUAUUGUAAACGUAUUUAUGCUAAAAAAAAGAUAUCGUAUUUCAGUAACGAUAGUCACCUUUCAUGCAAGUAGAUGUACUUAAGUGUCUAUCAGUGAACUGAGGCAGUUAAACUCCAAAAAAAAAAAACAUAAAAUCACCAAAAAAAUGUGAUUUAUAUAUUUUUGUCAUUUUUUGUGUCUGUGCCCAUUCACUGUCACUGCAUUUAUACUCAUUGUAAUUAUUUUAUACU